UAUAUGGCCUAAACUCCUGAACCCCUCUGUACAGUCCGUAAUUCUCGAUCUGUCAAAAUUAUAUUUCUGGGUAAAAGGUUAUUUCAUAAAUAUAGGAUUAUUAUAUAGAUUUAUUUAAAACAUACAGUGUUAUGAUGGCUUCAAUAUUACGUGUACUAGCUGGUGCAACAACUCAUUCUCCUGCUGCAAGGAAUGUAAAGGCAUUUUCAGUAUGUUCCAGUAUGGCAAAAGACAUUUCACAAGCGUUAAAAACCAAUGAGGCUCCAAUUUUAGAUAAUCAAUUAACUGUCAUGAAAAGUGAUGAAGUAGAACAAAAAGAAAAGCUUGAGGGUUACAUUACAGUCCAAGAAGAGAUGCGCAUUGCACCUAUAUCUGGUAUUCCUGAAGAGCACAUCAAAACUAGAAGAGUACGUAUUUAUAAGCCACCAAAAAAUGCCAUGCAAAGUGGAACCAACAAUAUUCAACAUUGGCAAAUGGAAUUUGAUAACCGGCAACGCUGGGAAAAUCCACUGAUGGGAUGGGCAUCAACAGGUGAUCCCCUAUCAAACUUAAAAAUUGAUUUUAAUUCUGCUGAAGAUGCUAUAGCUCAUUGUGAGAAGAAUGGGUGGGAAUGGUAUGUUGAGCAUAAAACCACAAAACCAGAAAAAGUUAAAAAUUAUGGAAUUAAUUUCUCUUGGAAUAAAAGAACCAGAACUUCAACUAAAUAAUUGAUCAAUUAAAAAUUAUGAUUGGUAGUGUUACUUUGUAAAUAAAUAUAAACGUGAAAUAUAAAUUUUAACUAUA